AUGGGUGGCAGUAAAUCCAGGGCUUGUAACAUCAUUGUAAAGAAGAUUUGGCAAUUUGCCUUGGAAAGAAAUAAUUUUCUAAGUUCAGCCCAUUUGCCUGGGAAGCAAGAUAUGCUAGCUGACAGAGAAUCUAGAGUGUUCAAUGAUCGAACUGAGUGGAUGUUGCACCAGGAUAUUUUCCAGAAGCUGUCCCUGUUAUGGGGACCCUUCGAGAUUGACUUGUUUGCCUCUAGAUUGAACAAACAGGUUUGCACUUAUGUAUCAAGGAAACCUGAUCCAGAUGCAACUGCUGUGGAUGCAUUUUCAAUAAUAUGGGACAGGAAGCCCUUUUAUGCAUUUCCACCUUUUUCCCUUAUUCAUAGAUGCUUACAGAAGAUCACCGCAGACAAGGCAGAGGGUGUGAUAAUUGUUCCUAUGUGGCCCACUCAGACCCAGGUUGAUGUCCAUGUUGAUUCAACGGCCAAGACUGCUACCGAGGAAGGAGAACCUGCUAAGAUUGCCCCAGAAAAGCCACCCGGUAUGGACGAAAAUGCAGCUGAUGGCAUGUCUUGUAUCCGGGAUAGCUUCGAGGCAAAAGGAAUUCCGGAAGAAGCAAGAGGAAUCAUGUUGCAGUCAUGGAGAGAAUCUACCAGGAACCAGUAUGGCAUCUAUCUCAAAAAGUGGACAAAAUUUUGCAGUGAAAGGAACAUUGAUUCACACGACAUAUCUGUAAACAAUGUUCUGAAGUUUCUGACACUCUUGUAUGAGUCGGGGCUUGGAUAUAGUUCAAUUAACACUGCUCGUUCUGCUUUGUCCUCACUCGAUUGUGGUAGGACAUGUCCUGUUGGAAACCAUCCUCUUAUUUGUCGGUUCAUGAGAGGGGUCUACAUUUCCAGACCAACACAGUCUCGUUAUACUAUUGUUUGGGAUGUUAAAGUUGUAUUAGAUUAUUUUAGACAAUGGAAAGACAAUAAGGAACUCUCACUUAAAGAGCUAUCUUUAAAAACUACUACUUUAGUAGCUUUAGUAACAGCACAGAGGGUGCAAUCUUUGCACAAGCUAGAUCUAGACUGCAUGACGCAAGAAAAUGACAGGAUUACAUUUAAAUUUGACCUAUUAAAACAAAGUAGGCCAUCUGUCAAGUCUCCGAUCAUGGAACUUUGUGCUUAUCCUGAGAAUCCUAAAAUUUGUGUUGUAAAAACAUUGUCACAUUAUCUUGUAAGAACACAGUUAUUUAGAGAACAAGAAACCAAGUUGUUUUUGACUUAUCAGAAACCUCAUCAUGCUGUAAGUGCUAGUACUAUUAGCCGUUGGAUAAAGCUUAUGCUCCAACGAGCUGGAGUUGACAUAUCUAAAUUUGGUGCUCAUAGCACUCGAGCUGCCUCCUCUUCCGCAGCUAAACGAGCAGGAGUGCCCAUGAUGGACAUACUUAGCACUGGGGGAUGGUCCUCAGAACGCACCUUUGCUAGGCACUAUAGUGUACCUAUUCAAAAGAAAAAUAAUUUUUCUGAAGCUAUUUGUAACACUUAA